UGGUAAUAUGAGUUAACUCUCCGGACCCUCGGGGACGGGGCGUUACAGAUAAUGAGAAUGAUAUAUUGUUAUUGUCAUUUCGAGAAAAUGGAUGGAGUAAUCACAACUUACUCGGUCGACGAUGAAGUUAAGGCCGAAGAUUUUAUCAAUGAGGUUACUUAUACUGUUUACUUUACCGAGGCCGAGUGUGCGGCGACGUGUGUUUGCGGGUUGUUUGAUAUGCGAAGGAUAAUAUGUAGACAUAAUCUUAUCGUCUUCUCAGCUAGGAAAGUCCGUGAGUUGCCAGAAAAAUACAUAUUGGACCGGUGGAGGAAGGACAUAAAACAUAAGUAUACUAUUAUCCCUAGUAGUUAUAACAUUGCUGAUCAGAGACCUGAAACUGUUAGGUAUAAACGUAUACUGAAAAUUUUUUAUGAGGUAAUAGCAAAUGCAAUUUCCUGCAAUGGGCAUACUGAGGAUAUGGUAUCGAAAUUGUAUGCGAUGAAUGAGGUAUAUCGCACAUCGAAGCCCUAUAGCAUAAAUUCUAAUGUUGGAGUAAGUACUGUGAAUGCAGCCAUGGAAGAAAGUUCUAAAAAUGUGCUAAGUCACCAUGUUGUCAAAGGCAAUGGAAGAUCCCCGUGCAAGAGGAGGAUGUCGACGAUGGAGGAACACUUGAAGAAAGUUAAAACAAAGGCUGCAAAAAAGAAAAACGAUAAGGGAAAAAGCAUACUGAGGCGUAGCUUGGACACCGAACUAUUGGAAAGCAAUGGAAACCAACUUGGCCCAUCGGAAAUGAGGACGCAAGAAAAUGUACAAACUCUCAUAAUGGUGGAUCAAGAAAGUGCACAACAAGAAGUGAUGGGGACACAAAAAAGUGUACAAUUACCACUUUCAUUCAUUUUAUUGUAUUUGUAUGUUUUUUAUGGUGGGUCAUACUUUGUCUGCUAUUAUAUUCACAGAUGCAAUUAGGGAUCGAUGGAACCUCAGCCGAAGACAGCAGAUGGAACGCAACGAAGUAGCUCCUUGUAGCAAGACUUGUUGGAAUCCAUUAUUGAAUUAUGUUGUGUGUUAAUGGUGGUGAUUUGUCAAUUUUGUUGGAGAUGGUUUGUUGGCAUUUGUGUGUUGGGGUGAUUUAGGAAUUUGUGUAAUAGUUUCUAUAUGUUAACUUUAAAACAUCGCUAAUAGGUUAUAGAAAACA